UUUCCCUCGCCCCUUGUGCAGCCCAGGGUUGUCAUCCAUUCCUGAUAAAACGCGGGAAAGAUUGGAAUUUAUGUCCCCCAACGUGGAGGGGACCGUAAGCAUCCGCGUCUCUCUCAGUGCUCUCUUUCAUACUAGCUCUCACGGGCCAAGCUGUGAAAGUAUCCUGUGGUCAUCAGCCAGUAUUUUUGAGCUGGAUGGAAAUCAGGCAUCGAGGUCACCAAGGUGAAAAUGUUGCAGAGAUUAACAGACAUUUAGCAGAGAAACUUGGCAUCACAGAUGGAGAACAGGUAUUUCUUGAACCCUGUUCCCAUGUCUCCUCCUGUCAGCAAGUAGAAGUGGAACCACUCACAGCGGAUGAUUGGGAAAUUCUGGAGCUGCACGCUUCCUCUCUUGAAAAACAUCUUCUGGACCAGAUUCGAGUAGUGUUUCCAAGAGCCAUCUUUCCUAUAUGGAUUGAACAGCACACUCAUGUUUACAUCAGAAUCGGUACACUUAUGCCAGCAGCCCCAUAUGGGAGGUUAGAACCGUGCACGGAGCUUCUGGUAUGUCCCAAAACACAUGGUCCAGAGGAGAAUGUCACCAGCACACCUUCCACAGAAAGUGACAUCUUACUCAGAAAUUUUGUGAAAAAUAACAUGGAGCAAGAAGAAACAAUAAAGGAUCCUUUUGCCAAACAACCUUACUUAAAGCCUGGAAUCCUUGAACAGACUAAGGCUGAUGCAAACAUGACAUUUGGCUCAAAUGUUCUCCCAAAUAUAUGGAAUUUUAUAGGGAACAUUUUCUCUCAUGCGUCUUUGCAGAAACAGAAGAUUUUGUGUGAUAAAGAUGAAAUGAGCACCUUCAAAGACAAGCUGCUGAACUUAAUUCACAUGGAUUCCAUUUUUAGAGUAUGUCAGUCCCAGCCUCCCAGCGUACAGAAUGCAUCUGCCACUCACGCAUUUCUGAAAUGCAGUGCUGUUCAUGUUUUUCCUUGGAAUUUGGAAUUUAUUGAUUUGGAUCCAAAUCCUGUAGUAUCUUACGGGAAAAUUAAUGAGCUGCUUUCCCCAAGACAGCGUCAUCAAGAAGCAAAGCAAAAUCUGCCACUUGAAAAGCAAAAGCCUUUGAGUAGUACGCAAGACAAAAGUCAUUCUGAUUCUAAUAGCAACCAAGCAUCCAGUGAGGGAUCUGUUGUUCAAAUCGUUUGGAAUGGAUUUGAAGACCUAAAGAGUGUCAUAGAGUAUGGCCACAAUGGGGAAGCCCUACAUGUUGGAAGAGUUUGGAUUCCAGAUGGUCUGAGAAAAAAGCUAAGUAUUGAAAUACACUCAGCAGUCCGAAUUCAGUCAGUUGAAUCUAUUCCUAAAAUUCCUGUAUCUCUUACGCUGCAACCCAGACAGAACUUACAUAAAGAUAUAUGUGAAGAUGAUGUUAAAUGUGCUUUCAGUUCUUGGCUGCAGGAUUCAAGUACUGAUGAUCACCCAUGGAUGAUGACAAGCAGAGACUGUAUACAUCUGUCUUUUAAAGAAGGAAUGGAGGAGUUUGUCCUUAGUGUAGUGCAUCCUGUGCACACUGAAGAAAAUAAGUCUGAGAAUAUUUUUAUACUGAGUCCCAGUUUGCUGCAAAAGACUAAUAUACAAGUUCUUUUACAUCCUGUAACUAGAAAAGCUGAUGGUGACAGCCAACCACCUAUGCGUGAUACAGACAAGAGCCUUCCAUACCACAAACUAAACAAUUUAGGAGGAGUGGACAAAUUAGGAACAUCUUUAUUUGAACACAUAAGCCACAGUCUUCUGGGGCGUCCUUUGUCUCAAAAGCUGGCUGCUGUUGCUGUGGGACUGCGAAGUGGAGGGGUGCUUCUCACAGGAGGAAAGGGAAGUGGAAAGUCAACACUGGCAAAGGCCAUCUGCAGAGAAGCUUUCGAUAGACUGGAUGCUCAUGUAGAAGUAAUUGAUUGUAAAGCUUUAAAAGGAAAAAGAUUAGUAAACAUAAGGAAAAAUGUGGAAGAAGCUUUUUUAGAGGCAGCAUGGAGACAACCAUCCAUUCUUUUGAUGGAUGAUCUUGAUCACAUUGUUGGAGUACCUUCUACACCAGAGCAUGAGAACAGCCCUGAAACCGUGCAAAGCAAUAGACUUGCUUAUGUUUUGAAAGAUCUAAUCAAAGAAGUUAUUGCCAUGGGGAGUUUGAUUGCAUUAAUUGCCACAAGUGAGUCUGAACAUUCCCUUCAUCCUUCCCUGGUUUCAGCACAAGGAACACACAUAUUCCAGUGCUUCAAAUGUAUCCAAUCUCCAGAUCAGAAGCAAAGAUGUGAAAUGCUGUAUUCCAUAGUAAAGAAGAAACUGAAUUCUGAUCCAAAGAACUUCUCUGAUCUCGACCUCCAGUGUAUUGCAAAGGAAACAGAAGGUUUUGUUGCCAGAGACUUUACUAUGCUGGUUGAUCGUGCCAUUCAUACCUGUGUUUCUAACCAGAAUGCAUUGGAUAAUGGUGAAUUGAACCUGUCAACUGUGGAUUUUCAGAAAGUUCUGAAAGAUUUUACUCCAGUAGCUCUGAGAAAUGUCAACCUUCAUAAACCUAAAGACCUUGGCUGGGACAGGAUUGGAGGCUUAAAAGAUGUGAAGCAAAUACUCAUGGAUACCAUCAUGUUACCUGCAAAGUAUCCAGAAUUAUUUGCAAACUUGCCCAUACGACAGAGAUCAGGAGUCUUGCUGUAUGGAGCGCCUGGAACAGGAAAAACACUGUUAGCAGGAGUAGUUGCAAGAGAGAGUGGAAUGAAUUUCAUCAGCAUCAAGGGACCAGAGCUGCUCAGCAAAUACAUUGGAGCAAGUGAACAAGCAGUUCGAGAUAUCUUUAACAGAGCUCAGGCAGCUAAGCCUUGUAUCAUUUUCUUCGAUGAGUUUGAUUCUAUUGCUCCACGCCGAGGUCACGACAACACUGGAGUUACUGACCGAGUGGUUAACCAGCUGUUGACUCAGUUAGAUGGUGUGGAAGGCUUACAAGGGGUUUAUGUGCUAGCUGCUACGAGUCGCCCGGAUUUGAUCGACCCUGCUUUGCUAAGGCCAGGUCGACUGGAUAAGUGCCUGUACUGUCCACCUCCUGAUCAGAAUUCACGCUAUGAAAUCUUAAAAGCUCUCAGUCAUUCCCUGUCCUUGGCAAAUGAUGUGGACUUUCAGGAUUUGGCAGCAAAAACAGAACAGUUCACAGGGGCUGACCUAAAAGCUUUAUUAUACAAUGCCCAAUUAGAGGCAAUCCAUACCAACUUAAAUUUAGGUUUAACACAGGAUUUUGGAUCUAGUUCUGAUAGUGACUUCAGUCUCUCUUCCAUGGUUUUUCUAAACCACAGCAGUGGCUCAGAUGAUUCUGCAAUAGAUGGAGAAGCAGGGCUAGAGCAGUCUCUUGUUUCUUUAGACAUGUCUGACUUGCUUCCUGAAGACCCAAGGUCCAACAUGUAUCGUAUUUAUUUUGGAAGCUCUUAUGAAUCAGAGAUGGGAAAUGGAACUCCUUCAGAGCUGAGCUCUUUGUGUUUAUCCGGACCAAACUCCAUCACUUACGACUUUAGCAGCCUGACUCAGAGAGAUGUGGCAUCUUCACAACCUUCAAUGCUCAGAGCAGCUUCUCAAGAAGGCUCCCUGGAGAACAACCAGGAGCAGCAAACAGAGCACCUGAGGACAGAAGUCAGUGCUACCAAAGCCAACAACAGAAGCAAGAACGGAGAGGACAGCACCCAUAAUCAGUCAGGGCUUACCAAGACUACUUUAAUUAUUACCCAGUCCCAUCUGAUGACUGCACUUCAGGGUAUGAGACCAUCCAUUAGUCAAGAAGACUGGAAGAAUUUUACUGAACUGUAUGAUAAUUUUCAGAAUCCCAAGAAGAGGAAAGGACAAGUUGGCUCAACAUUCAGACCAGGACAAAAAAUGACUCUAGCUUAGUAACUUGUAUUUGUUUGUAAUUGCUAAACUGUAACUGGAAAUUACAAAUGUGAUUAAAUCAGAUUAUUUAUAUUCAUAUGGAUUUAUUAAUGCAGCAGUUGAAGAUAAGUUUCUUUUAAAUUUACAUGCUGUAAGAUUAUGUCACAUUUUAUUUUGAAGAAAAUUGUCUUCCUUCAGAUUGAUAUUAAAUUUUUUGAGAGAACAUUGGUUUUGCUCUGUCCUGUUGUUUAUCACAUAAACUUUUAAAUAUUGAGUUUUAUCAAUAUAGUUGCCAAAUCCUAACAAUGGUUGCCUGCCCCUAUUUAUUCCCUCACAAAAAAUAGAAUCUGUUCAAAUAAACUGUAAUAUCUAAUGGUGGAAAUGUUUUUAAGUAAAAAACUAUAAAACCUCUCUCUAAUGGCCUUUGGAGGCCUUAGAGGAAGGUGGUCCUUCAUGUGUUUAUCGGUAGGCAGGUAGACUAAUACUUCCAGAAUAACUAUAGCAAAAAAAAAAACCAACCAAGAUAAUUGUAUCUUGUUUUCUGCCAGUGUUUAUUAAUCAGAAGAAUAUCAAGUUGCAUUUCAGAAGAAGUACCUUCUUAUCCCUCCCUUUUCUUCUUGGAGACCAUUAAAAACGUUUCUGAUGUUUGAAAGCUUUCUGAUGUUACAUCCUGAAAUUAUUCACAACUAUUGUCUCGUGGAGAAGCUGAUACGUAGAUAAACAGGUCUUAACAGAGGAGGGGAAAAGAACGAAGGGGCAGGAAAGAAAACUAGAGAUGUUUCCCAUUAGUCUACACAACACUUUCACUGCAUUUUGCCAGUACUGGAGGGUUUAGCUUGGUUGGUUUUUUACUAGUCCUCCUUCCCUACUAUUUACCUUCCUGAGGUAGGUAAUUUUUCAAUUAGAAAACAGUUUUUAGAUGGUUUUUCAUAGCUGUUAUGUGUCUUUUCACACCAGUACUUCUUUGGGCUACUGGGCGUUAUUGCCCUUUCUGUGAUGGGAUAAUGUUCUCGGCUUCCUCUGAUCACUUCCUCAGGUACAUUGUCAGUAGCAACCUUCCUUAAGCUGCUCCUAAAUGUUUGAUUGCAUGGUGCUGCUUCAUGUUCCAAUUUCUUAUUCAAUUCAUUUAAAUGUUCUAUGCUGCGUCUGUAAUUGGAACACGUCAUAUUCACCGUGUGAUUAUAUUGUUCACUGUUCUCUAUUUGUAGUUUCUAUUCCCUGGGCCAAAGAAUGUAUAAUUUGUCUGUUUAUUCUUGCAGCCUGGUACAGGUGAAACCUGUAUGGAUAUGCUACAAGCCUUGGCUUGAAGAAGUUAAUCCCCCUGAUUUUCUCAUUUUUGCUAAGCUGUUGCUAUUUAUUCACACUCAACUCUUGCUUCAGUAGGUUUUGAAACUGAAAAUCCUUACUGCAUUGCUACAAAGCUCCACUCUUGUCAAUACAACUGUGCCAUUUGCAUCAUACUUAUUUUUUAAAAGUGGAUAUGUGUUUGUUUAGCAUUAGAGCCAUGCCCUCGAUUGCCUCUAACCUUGCAUUCAGCUUUCACGUAUAAAAGUGUCAUUUCUUUCCUUGUUCACCAUGUUUUAAAUGGCUGUAGAGAUGAAUGUGAAGAGGGGUUGAACAGAGAAGCAAUUUGACGCCAAGGAACAAGUCAUUCUCUGUUAGAUGCUCCAUGUAAGGUACCUUGAAGUAAUGUAUCCUUUGACAGAAGCGGGCCAAACUCCAUGGAUAUUGUUAAUGAAAUGCAAGAGCUGGCAAACUGUAACUAGUUACUCUGCUUUGGUUAUGUGUCAAUACUCAAAAAUUUCAUGGGGUUUUAUUUACUUUUUCAGGUCCAGUAAGGAGGUUGUAGUGAGAUGGGGGUCGGUCUCUUUUCCUGGAUAACAAGUGACAGGACCAAAUGGCCUCAAGUUGUGCCCAGGGAGGUUUAGAUAAUAGGAAAAAUUUCUUCUCUGAAAAGGUGGUCAGGCGUUGGAAUAGGCUACCCAAGGAAGUUGUGGAAUCACUAUCCCUGAAAGUGUUCAAAAAGUGUAUGGAUUUGGUUUAGUGGUGAGCACACAUCCAGCAGUGUUAACCCAGCAGUGCUGGGUAAAGGUUUGACUUGAUGAUCUAAGGGGUCUUUUCCAACCUUACUGAUUCUGUGGUUCUGGUCUUUAGGAUGUAGUUUAUUUGUGUAUCAGAUUCUUGUCAUCUCUUUUCCUAUGAUUUAUGCAGUGACAUUUUGAGCUUAUUCAAAAUACUUUUUUUCUUCCUUGAGAUUCACAUUUCAGUUAGUUUUCAUUUAGUUAGUUUUCAUCUCUAACCUAAGGGAAUGUUAUAUUCCCUUCUAUUUACAUACUUGGAUUUGAAACUUCAGCCCAGUUAAUUUAAUUGAUUAGUUCCUGUAGUUUCUCAGAGAGCAACAGGAGCUUUCCACUUCCACCUACCUAGCUUAAGUUUAGUCAAAGGUUCCUUUCUACACCUAGCACCUCUAUAAGGAGAUGGUCUUACAGCUCUUUCCUUAACACAGUUGUUUAAAGUACAUUGUGGUUUACUCCACCUUUUCUGUUUGGUAAAGAAAUCUUCAGCUAUUACAAAAGCAUCCAGAUUAGCUCAAAUUAGUAGCAGCAUCUGGUCUUUAACUUAGGUCUAGAUAAGGGUUGACCAAAUUCAUUAAGAAUGGAAAUUACUAUUAGAAAUACUACUUUCUAGUACUGAUGAUCUCAUAAUGCACUGAUACUAUCUUCACACUGGGAAUCCUUUCAUUAGCAUACUGUCCUUCAAUGCAGUGUGAAACCUGCUUUCCAAAAAGUUAGGAUAGCAGUCAUAUUAACCCACAAGCAAUGCAGUAAGUUGGAAGAGACCAGAAGCAGAAGAGAGUUUCUUGCAUGAGUUCUGUGGGUAUUUGCACCAUUAAUACUGUGGAAUGAAGUUGGGAGACUGGACUACAAUCUGUUGAUGUCAGCUGACAGGUAAGGAUUCACUUCUCUCUCACAAGCAUCGUUUGAGAAUAACACAUGUACAGCUGCCACUUGAGAACCUGGGCUUAAGGUUCAAUUGCUUUAGUUUUCCCGUUUCUAAAGUAGCCCAAGUGGUAACAAUCUGUCAUAGACACACUGAAAUUAAAUUCAGUUGCCUAAGGUUAGUGGCUAUUCCAGUGAUGCAGCAAAGAGAUACCGGAUAACUUUCAGAUGCUCAGGUAGUGGUUGGUAAAGAAAUGUUAACUCAGUUUGCUGGUGUUCAUGUCACAAGUGUAAGUCAGACUAAGAAAUGAAGUGCGAAAAAUCAAUCCUCUGUAUCCUCCAGCAGCUGGCGGGGCUUUUGUAAGGCUCUCAAGUACCCAAGGAUUCGACCUUCCUGUGACAUCCUACAGCAGCAGUGUCAUGUCAGCUGCUAUUAGAUAACCAGGGCAGAUCUUGCAUCUCUCAGCAGUGCUGUCACACACCAGCCUCCAAAAGUCUUUAAUAGCUUGAAUUAGUUCAAAUGGUUUAAUGAAAACUGGUAUUUCAGGGGAAAAGUCAAACUCUAAAUCCUAGGUGCAAAGAGAUGAUCUUUUUCUUCAUUGUUUGCACAAAACCAGCUCUUGAGGUCCUGCAGUAAUGAUUAUUAUCCGAUUUAGGCACAGCUAUAGCACAGUACAUUUCUUGCAGAGACCCAGUGGGUAAGUGGAUGCUGACACUAGAUGUUGAUACAUCAGAAAUUAUAAGCGCUUGGACAAUUUCUCAGCAACUUUGUAGAAUAAAAAGCAAAGAGUAAACCCCAAAAUAUUUGGAACCACACAUAAAAUGCUGUCAAUGCCAUAUUAUUCCACCAUAAGCACCGCAAGGAUUAAAGCCACUUACAUGGUUUUGUGCCAUUUCUCUGUUCGGAAGAUAACUGAGUCCUUGAGAUGAACUUGCUACAGAUUCAGUGCUAAUCUCCAUUUCCUUAAUUAUUGCCAAGUUUCAGGAAACAGUAAUAAAGUUACAGGGAAGGGUCGGUCUGUCCUGCGGAGCUGUGUUUGGGAGCCGCCCCAGUGUCGGGGAGCCUCCCUGGCGUGUUCCUCCUUCCACAGGCAGCCAGUGUGGGUGGCGGGCAGAGGGAGGAAUGCUUAUCAGAAGUGUUCAUUUACUUUUCUAGUGUUUUUAGGUGGAUGUCUUAUUCCAGCUCCAUCCCACGGUGAUGUAAAUUCCAAAAUGUGUCUGGAUGUCGGAACACAACCUGUUCACGUGCCCUUGUCGGGUGAGGUGAAGCUUGAGCCAUUCACACACAUUAACAGAGGUUUCACAGGGAACAACCCAAGAAACCUGAAAGUGCAAACCGAGGCCAAGUGAAGAGGUGACUGAUGAAGAAAUUCACCCUUUUCAGAUAACAGUUGAAAAAUUAGAAGCUGUGUCACAGAGAGCUAAAAAGCAGGUUUGGUGAGAGAAAACUGGAACUGAAAAAUUAACAGACUGCUGCUACAGAGGCACAGUAAGAUUGCCUCGCUGUGGAUCCCUAUACUUUUGGCAGUAAUACAGUGAUUCCCAGGGUCUUAAUACCCUUCCUGAGGCAUCAGAAGCUGGGAUUUGACCAUUGCUGGAGGUGGACUCCUACAGAGAGUUUAGGUUGGCCCCAAUACAUCUGUUUGUACAUUAACUCGAAACUUCUGCCUUCAUUCUCGGUUUGACCAAGGAGCAGACAGUCGGUGCAGACAGAUCAACAGAGGGACUGAGAACGGCAACAAACAGUUUGCAGACAAUUUCUCAUGAAGAAGGGACAGGUCUAUUAUCCUGCCUAGCAGUGGUCUUUUACAAAGCACUUUAGAAACAGAGCUCUAAAGAAGCAGGAAGAGUGAAACAGAAGUUAUCAGGAUCAGCACCAUGGAGAACUGUUGAUUCUCCUGACAGAAAAGGUUUUGCUUUCUCACACUCUCUAUGGCCAUCCCACUCUUGGUUGUAUGAGAAGAUGAACACAGGUAAGAUUUUCAAUACGCUUUAUUACCUUUUAUUUGCUUAUAACCUUUGAUGAUGUUCUGUUGAAUGCGUAUUUAAUUUUUAAACACGUCAUGACUACUUUGUGCAGUCAGACUUCACAGCUGGCUUAUGCACCCAGCACUGAACUGAGAUCUCACAGGCUUUGUUUUUUGAGCAGUAUUGAACAAAGCUUUCCCUUGGCCAUUCAUUAUGCUGUCUACAGUCGAUUCUCACCUUGAAGUUCAUGGUAACCAGUUCUUUUGUGACAUUUUGGAAGGUGAGAAACACGUGAUAAAAACAACCCGGCGCAAAACAACCAUCAGUGAAAUAGAAGAUGGGCUCGCAAGAUCCCGGGAAACAGGCAUCCCAUCAGAAGAUCGAACAAGGAAGAUCUCCUGGAAUUCUGCCUCCGUAGGCAGGAUGACAUCUUCACUCUGCCAUGUCCCAGCUCCUUGAGGAGAGACCUCGAAGUACUUCAGUGUUUCAUAAAGAUGCAUGAACCACCUGGAGAUGUCAUCCAUGAAGAAGUUGUUAUUGAGACUGAAGUUACUGAAAUAGAGAAGAAAAAUCAUCUCACUGAAGCUGUGAACCAAAUGCAAGAAUAACCAGCUAGAAGGGCUGGGAAAAAAAAAAAAAGCAAGCAAUUUUCCAGAAGAUGAGUGUGACUGUGUGGGUGACACAGUUGCCAAAUACAAAAUUCUGUUGUCAAUGAUCACAAGACUCUGUGGUGGGGGGGAACACAAAAAUAACUAUUAACAACUAUUAUCUAUUGUAAAAGUAUUUCUGCUUGAAAGUAAUGCUGAUCUAUAAUUUUGGAGAGAUGUACUCUGUUAGCCAAGAGAUGUACCAAUUCUGUCUGUGUGAAAAUAGAAUAAAAUUAUGAUUUAAAAAAAUUGAUUUAAAAAAAAUGAUCUUUGUAACUCAGUAAUUGUAAAGAGCAGUUGAAACUACAAUACUAUAUUAAUAUUUUUGUUCUCAGUUCUAUAAGACCAUUUAAGGUGUUUCUUUAUCAUAACAUACAGUAUCUUGUCAAUCACAAUAAACUGUGCUCUUUGCUUCUUGUAUAAUAUUUAUAAGGCUGCAUUACCUCAAAGCAAGGCUAUUGGAUUGGACUGGAUACCUAUGGCUAAGUCCAAACUGUGGGGGUCAGUUCCUGGGUUUUGUGUGUAUCCAAACUUUGGCAUGGUGACUGAGAUGAUUGUCAUGUGGGACAGCACAGCAGCAAGAGGGAAACCCUUGCCUCAUUUCAGGAGCCCAAGGAGCAACACACUUAUUUAUCCAGUUUGCAUCUCUUUUUCCCAGAGGAGAACAGCAUUCUGCUCCCAACAAAGCCAUUGCCCAAAUGCAAACUGCUCUCCACUAUUUAUUGUUUUGGUAAAGUUCAGGUGAAAGGGUGGGCCACUCCUCCCACAAGUUUCCUGCAGGCAGAAGGAACUGCAGUGUUAUGCCUCGGGGCACAGGCCACAGGUACUAUGCAUUACUCAGUAAUUACUGUAUUACAGUAAUAUUACAGUGCUAUAUUACUAUAUAAGCUCUGUGGAUUUCAGCUCUUAGCUACACGUUCCAUCUUUUGAACUAAAAUGCCUUAAUGAAAACGACUGUUGGCUGGUCACAAAGCUCUGAAGGUUAACACAAGGUCGUAAGUUCAGUAGUACUGUAUCCAUUUACAGUCCAGUGAUGUUUGAAACAGAGUUUGAAACCCACCUACAUUUCGGCAUGGGGGGAUGCCAAACAAGGAAGGAGAGAGAAAUGGGUGACCUGCUCAGCUUUUUGCAGGGCAUCAAAACCUAUUCCAGUGGGAUCCUGGUAUCCCUUCUUGCUGUUGAGUCCAUUUUGCAGGUCUUUUGUUGUUUGGUGAGAAAUUUUCAGUGAGAGACAUUGCUCUCAGAGGUCCCAUUCUUCAGCUAUGUCCAUCCCUUAAGAUGCUGUCUGGAGAGUGAGUCAGUCAUUUCCCCAUGUUACUGGGUUCUGAACACAAGAAAAAACAGGACAGUGCAACCAUUCAAAUACCUAUGAAUAAAGUUAAAAUGCUUUAGUAACAGUCAGUCCUUGUGGAUCCACUUUCUUUAGAGAUUUUAUCACCAUAAUUUUUGCCUAUUUGGAUUAUUUUUACAUU